UGAAACCGUACAGGAGGUCAUAUCGAAAAAGUUAAUAAUAUGGUAUUUUGUAGUAAAAUCGUGAUUUAAUUAUUGUUCAAUUGUUUCCUACCGCUAAAAUCGCCUACCAUUUUGGGUCUUGUAUCCAAUAUUUCCGGUCGGACCGGCCGGUAUAAUAUGAUUUCCUAAACUUUAAAAAGCGAAAUCAAUCGCAUUUUUACCACAUUUAAUCAUAUUUUUAAUGUUUGAUUUUUCAUACCGGUGGCCAUAUAUUGGGCCUGGGCAACACCUGGACGGAUGAUGUGGUGAUCUGGUGCACCUUCAAGAAGAUAUAUUUUCAAUAAUUUGAUAGAUAUAUUUUCAAUCAAUUAUUAUUGGCAAUUUUGACAUACAUGAUGCCGUGCAUUGAUUGAAAGAAACUAGAUGAGAAGCAGUACUAGUUAGUAACAACUGCUCUCUUCCACCAACUACACAUCAAUUAGACAAAUCCAUUUUAAUUUUGUACUUGUGAAAGUUGAGCUAGCAUAGAAAUAUGGCUCAUCAUGAAAAGUUGAAAAUUAAAGCCAACAUUUUCCAUAAAAUAAAUCGGUGGUUGUGAAACUGUAGCAAUCCGACUGAAAAAAUCUCUUACAAGUUUCUAAAUUGGUAGGUGGCUGUUAGAGGUAUAAAACAAUUGAACUACGGUUUAAGCACAAAAUAUUUGACUGUUAAUUUUUUUAGCACAUAUAACUCUAUAUAUAAUUUCACAAUCCUUGAUCCUUACACGUACGAUCCGUAAUUAGAACUAUUUGAUCCAAUUUUGGUUAAAAUCGUAUAAAUAAUAGUCCAUUUUUAUAUUUACAUUUUCGUCGGAAAUGAAAAUCUAAAUCGAGUUAAUCCUCUACAGUUUAACCGGAUAAGAUCUCUUUCCACCUCUAGCUGUUAGGUUGGUGGAGUGGAGCUAGAAAUUGGAGUGCCCUUAGCAAUUCCUUUAGUUUCCUUUAUUGAAUACAAAUUUCAACUCUGUCAUCUCUCUCCCUUACUCUUUAGUUGCUUCAAGACCCCUUCAAACAUGCAUAAUGGAACCUGCAAUCUCCUCUGCUGUGGACUCUGAUGGAGGAGGGAAUCUUAUUUAUGUUUGACCACGUGAGUGAGAGAGAAGAAAAGCCCAAACGUGAAGAAAGAGCCAGAGAAUCCUGUAGCAGACUUAUUGAAAGAUUUCACCGUUUACAUGUCUUCAGUUAAUUAUUUUCCUGUAGCCUGACAACAAUUAAUUUUAGAGGUCUAGCAGAGAUGAAGUAUUUAUCUCUUGAUCAAGAUGUUGUGGCUUUCAUUGUCCGACCAAUAACAAAUAUUUACGGUUCGUGGAUUUGAAUUCCAAUUGUGAGAUUUUGGAUUGACCGGAUUGUCAAAUGUAAAAAUUAAGACCACAUAUUGGAUUGCAAGUCUUAUGUUUUUUUCCCUCCAAAGAUCCUCCAUUUGGUUUGGAUGCAAGACAGCAUAAGAUUGAGCGGAUUUGAACAAACUUCUUACUCACUAUUAUCAAAUCGGUGUAAUGCCGGUCGUACAACCAGAUUCAAUCGUUACCAGACACAAAAGAGGUUCAAACAACCCUGGUGUGAAAUUUUCUUAUAAACGGAUCAAUAUCGGUCAUAAUCAAGAAACUAGUGCUCCGACCGGUAUGACCAACUUUUUAUCCCUAAAUGAGAUGAGGUCGUUUUGGUGAAUUAGAUUAACAAAAAAAUGAGCAUUUUUCAUUUGGUUUUAUAAUAUUCUAUAUUAUACAAAUAUGGAUUUUGAUGGUAUUUUUUUAUUCAAAUAUAAACGUUAAAUAUUGUAUUCAAAUAUGAUGAUUUCUCAUUUUGUUUGUAAUGGUUUGUAUUAUUAUUUCAAUAUGAAUGUAGAUAAUAGAGAGAUUUUCUUGAGAUAAGUUAUAUGCGUAAUUCAAUUGAUGUCAAUUGUCGCCAACUUCCCCUUCAUAUUUGAUUGAAACUAGCAUAAAUUAUUUGUUUCUCGAAUCUAUAAUACUACUAACUAAAUUGGUAUAACGGUGUAAACUGAUUUGAGGAGGAUAUGUUCUUUCUCAUUUACCCUCUUUCAUUCAAUGCAUCAUGUAUCUAAAAAUUGUGUAUAAUAGCAAAACAAAGGUCCAAUUACGUACCGAAUUUUAUUGGACGGACAAAGGAGCGUAUAUACACGAUAACAUUAUUGAUUUACAUAUAAUUAUUGCAUAUAUAAAAUUUAAAACUCAAGAUACUAGAAAUAGUUUCUUUCAAUCAAUGCACGGCAUCAUGUAUGUCAAAAUUGCCAAUAAUAAUUGAUUGAAAAUAUAUCUAUCAAAUUAUUGAAAAUAUAUCUUCUGAAGGUGCACCAGAUCACCACGUCAUCUGUCCAGGUGUUGCCCAGGCCCAAUAUAUGGCCACCAGUAUGAAAAAUCAAACAUUAAAAAUAUCAUUAAAUGUGGUAAAAAUGCGAUUAAUUUCGCUCUUUAAAGUUUAGGAAAUCAUAUUAUACUGGCCGGUCCGACCGGAAAUAUUGAAUACAAGACCCAAAAUGAUAGGCGAUUUUAGCGGUAGGAAACAGUUGAACAAUAAUUAAAUUACGAUUUUACUACAAAAUACCAUAUUAUUAACUUUUUCGAUAUGACCUCCAGUAAGGUUUCACAAACGUAAUCUUUAAACGAAGAAUUUCUCUAUAAUUGAUUAUACGGUUCUUUUUUUUUCCCAGUCUUUCUCCAUGUCUUCUCUAUUCUGUAUCCAUUUAUCCAUCUCUAGUUCACUUCUAUCCACUCUAUAUCUCUACUUUACUGUUGCCGCCAAUAACAACCCAAAUUUAUGGAUUCUCCGCGGUUACCCAUUAUCCUUUCCGUACGGGUAAUGAGUACCCGUUAAUCCGUACGGUUUUGAGACAUGAUGAAGUUUCUUCUCCAAAUGGGACUGAGUACCCGUUUCAAACGAGAAGAGUACCCAGUCUCGUCCCCUUGCCCACUCCUAUAUAAAUACCAUCGUUGAAAUCCCCGAAAAUUGCAAGCUAUAAUUAAACAUGAAAUAUUGUAUUCAAAUAUGAUGAUUUGUUAUUUUGUUAGUAAUGUUGUAUUUUAUUUAAGGACUGAUAUCAUACAACGUUUGAAAUAUAUAUAAAAAAUGUUGAUUGUAUACUAUUUUAUUCAAUGUUCUAAUCCUAUCCCGUUAUAUGAUAAUUUGUGCUAUUUAUGCCAUGACGCUUUCAUUGACCGUUAGAGAUAACGGUUAACCAAACGGUGAUUAAAGCAAUGUUAACUUUUGUUGAAGUGGUAGAAAAUGUGGCAUCCAUAAAACAUAAAUUUUAUAAUUAAAAAUACUAAAAACGGUUAAUAUAUUUGUCGUUGCCCACUCCUAUAUCAACUUAAUUUCACAAUUCUUGGGGGUAUGAUUAAUUUUUGUGGUCCAUCAUAUUAUUUUGAUGCAACAGUUUUUAUUCUCGCCUAUAUAAUUGAUCACGCGGCUGACAUAUAUAGCUAGCUAGUGAUGUCAAAGAUUUGAUUCUUUGAUUAAGUAUUGAAAUAUGUACUUUCAAAACUUAUUACAAGCGUCGGGAGGAUAUUGGGUGGAGUAGAAAAAGAAUCUUUGAUCUCAGAAGAAGUAAAUGCCACAAGACCAACACAGUACUCCCCCAACUGCAAACCCAAGUUAAAUAGGUGCACCGUGCAUGGAAGAAAACUCUCACCAAUUUUCUCUAAAGCAGACCAUUGUCAUGAACGGCGGGUCAAGCUCCGGCGGAAGACGUUCCAACAGCGGCAGCGGCAGCGACAGCGACGAUGAAGCAGCAGCUGGGUUCCUUUACCUCGGCCUGGGCGACUACAGCCUCAGUUACUACAACGCCUCCCUCAACAUGUCCGCUGCCGAACUGAAAGAGUGGGUCAAUGAACACUACGGAGUGCCGAUAAGCCGGAUCAAGAUCUACCAGGAAUCCAACGCCGCAGAAGACGGGGAGCUGAUGGAUGACCGCCGGACGCUGGCUUACUACGGCUUCACCAAAGGAGGUAACCGCGUCUACCGCAUGCGGAUCGCGGAGCAGCGGCGGAGCACCCUCUUCCCCUUGUGGGUGUCUGAGUCUGGCGUUGACGGUUAUUCCCUUCACUUCAAUGUCACGGAGGCUACCACCGUAGCACAGCUCAAGGACAUGAUCCUUGAGAGGUUGAGGGGGCCUGAUGGUGGCGGUGGCCGUGGCCGUGGCCGUGGCGGUGCCCUAACUUUGCAUCACCUCAUCGACACCGAGGGACUCAACAACAUCCCUAUGGUGGGCGAGGACAAGCCUCUGCUGUACUACCUGGUCACCGAAGGCCGCCACGUGAGGAUGAGCUUUGGCGGCUGAUCCAUGGAGUGAAUAAUUAGUGUGUCGUGUGUCGUUAGGAGGUUGUGUUUGGUUUGAUCAUUUCUUGUAUUUGUUGUUUGUGUGGCAAAAGAGAGUCAAGUUAAAGGGGUAGUUUGAGUUAGUUUGAGUCAAUGUUGGGUUUAGUUUAUGAAAAUCGGGGUAGUGAGAAGUUGGCGAUUUAUGUACUCUUGGAUCAUGUAUUCUCUUCUUUUUUUUUCUUUUUUUUUUUUUGAAAUAAAAUAUCGCUAGUUUACCCCAAAAGAGCUCGCUUAAUUUAUGCAUGUCAUGUUUUAUUAUUAUGAUUAUGACUCAAACAUACAUGAACCAUAUAGAAAAAAAGCACUAGAACACCUUACCUGCCCCAAGUCAAAAUAGAGUAGAAGCACAAUAUUCACGUAAAGAGGCUUAACCCAUACAUUAAUCAUCCAAAUAAAAGCUCGCAACUCUCAAACUCAAUCAUUAGCACUAUCCAAAAAUCAAAAGAUAUAUGUGGCACCAUCAAUUUCUUUAACUCUCAAACUUUGACUUGCCAAUGCCAGCACACUAAGAAACGACCAAGUAUGAUUGCAACUCAACAAUACAGUAUAGUGAGUUCAGUUUUAAUUGUCAACCCGAGUCCUAUAUGUACUGACUACUCAGCAAAUUAUUUAUUAUCUAGCGAUCAACCAACGUAUAGAGGAGUUGUUUGUAUGCAAAGUAUAAAAGAAAGCAGGUAAAUGUUAUGAUUUUCAACUGUGAGAAAGACCACUCAUGUAACCGCCCCUCUAGUCUGCAGUUAGGCCAAGUUGUAACUCCCCCAAUUCGUUUCAAUCGAUAUUUAUAUUGCGAAAAGUCCCGAAAGAGUUUGGAAUCUCGACUAAAGCAGACCAGACCAAGAACCUCUUGAAUAAACUACAAACGCAAUUCGGUAAGCCUUCCUCUAUUGGCUUUUGGUUCCAGUACAGAGCAAUGAAUCGAUUUACUACUUCCAAAUGAAGUUGCUCUAUUGACCUAUUCACAAACUAUCAUUCUAGGUCAAAGCAAGAAUCAUACAAAUGUGAUCAAGACUCAUAUAAUUCUGAUUAAUGCCCCAAUUGAAUAUAAAUAAUCAAAUGUCAUGUAUGUGGGUUCAUACAACUGCUCCUAGCAUACAGAUCUAGGUUUCUUCAUACCAAGAUGGAAGAUGUGCUUAAUCCAUGGAGAAAGGGAUAAAUGCAAGGCUCGAGACGGACAUCAUUGUGUGAAUGAGUGAAAUCUUCUCCAAAUCAGCAAUCGAUACUCCGAGGGGGAGGAAUCAAGCUCCAAUGGUCCUAGGUGGUUUCAAAUCAGCUCGUGACUCUCCAAACGAGUUAUAACCUAAGUCACGACCGUAAACGACGUCGUCCCUUCAAUCCGGAAGGAAAGAGUUACGGUUGACAGCUGGGAGUUAAGGCCAUCAUACUCUAGCUUCGCAACAUGCCAUAUGACCUUGACUAGCUGAUACGUGCUUUCGCUUCAUGCCAUGACCUAAUCAAUGAAGAACAUUGAACUGAAGAUAAAACAUGAUUAAGAGUGGGCCUCUUGAGACAUAAUUGAUGGUCUAUAGCAUCGAUGAUCUAAGAGUCAAGCAUUGAUACUACUUGAGCUAUAUAUGGUUGGUGCAUUAUAACUCCCGAUGGGCCUUAUGCCGAGUUGGGCUUAGUCGUUGGGGUAUUAUUAUUUUUGGUUAAUUGUUAUGUUAUUGUGAUUAUUUAGGGAUAUUCGUAUUAGUUUAUUGUGUCUUGUUGAGUAAGUUAUUAGUUACCUUAUUAGAGUGGGAUAAGGUUAGCUAUUAGGUUUUCUUGUGUUUCCCUAUAAAUAUGUACUUUGUGGUUCAGUUAUGAAUAAGAAGAAGAUUAUUCCAGUAAUUAUCAUAGUCGCUUAGGAGUAGAAUUAAAAUAAUUUAGCGAUUCACGACGCGUGAAUUCUAUCACGCGCCAAUGGUUAAUAAUUUUCUCUACUCUUGUGUAACAUCAAUGGGGGUAUCACUAGAAUGUAAUUUCUUAACAACCUAUAUUAUACUAAGCACAAUGUAUAUAGUAAUAUACUAUAUAAUCACAAGCAUCGAUAAGAAAUAAUUCAUAUUGAACUAAUGAGUCUCGCCCAAAACCUUCCUAAACCUACUAGGACACAGUUUCUCUCACUUAGGGAUGAAACAAGGCCUUUUGGAUCUUUAUUUGAGCUUGGGCUUAAGUGGCAGCGGGGUGACGGUUCUGGCUGACACAUGUUUUCUUCGUGGUUUGAGCUCUUUUGCCCAUAAGCAACCUCUCAUGAAGAUUUUUUCGUGAUUUGACCAAAUUUGCUUGCCGUUUGACGUGGUAGGGAACCCAUUGUAAGAUAAAAGAUAUUAGAUACUCAGAAAGUAAACAAGAUGUAUAUGCUCUGGAAUUCCUUAUAAUGUACUCAAUAACAUACUAAGGCACCACAUGAUCAUAUUUACUCGUUAUGCAUGUUGGUUCAGUUUUUAUGUUAUGGAAGAAUGGUAUUAAGAGUAGGACUGACCCUUUUGCUCGCACUCAGGAUUUGAAGAAGCACUAGAGUAUAAUAGGGAUUCAUCAUUUCACAACAAGGAUUAGUGGAUCCAGAGGACUCCAAGAUGAAGUUAGUAAAGUUCAGUACUUGGUGGGACAUAAGACUUUAUGUGAUUUUUCAGAUGGAUGUUUCAAAGUCAAAUUUUUCAAGUAUGUUCAUGUUUCAAUGUUGUUUUGUAUUUAUCACCUCUGUUGUUGUUCAACCUAUUUCAAUAAUGAUUUAUGAUUAAGGGAAUUUUGGUAAAAAGCAGUACCUGACCGUGUUAGGUUGUUACAGAAACCAACCAGAAGGGAGGAAUCGACACUAAAAAUGGCUACACAGGCCCUGUUUUCUCUAUUGUGGCUGCCGAUUCCUGUGGUAUUUUGGGGACUUUGUUUUGAUCAAUGAUAGCCCAGAAACCCUUACCCAUGGCUUACUAGUUCUUUAGGUGCGUAGGUAUGUGAACCCUAGGGGUUAUAGUCAUUUAAAACUCAAUGUCUGGUUUAAUGCGAUUGUUUUUUUUUCAUAUGUGCUGAUUCUUGAUUUCCUCUAUUUUGUUAUUUGUCCAUUUGGAUGAAUGCUUGGUCAACCUUGCACUCUUCGAGGUGCAAGGAUCGAAAUCCUAGUCGUGUUGGAUUAGACAAGACAUGGCGGUCCUAUUCGAUCGAUCCUUCAAUCCAACGACGUGAUGCCUCAAGGGAGGAAUCCAUAGGGUCCUUAUCUCCCAUUAAUUCGGGUAAAUGCUUUGACACAAGGUGAUAUCGAAUAGAAUACAAAAUUGGAAGCUCAUAUGUUGCCAAUUAUUGAGGGAUACGCGACUAUGCGAUCUAGAUGGAGCUUUCCUAUGCAAUUUCUUCCUUCUCUGCUAUCUGGUCCAUCCAACUUAGCUAUAUGUUCACUUUUAUGUGCACUCUUUUCUUUUUGUUUUUGUUUUCCAAAACUAGAGGCACCUCAACCCCCUACAUUAUUUUUUUCUAAAUAAACUGGAACCGUACCUCACUACCAAAGUAAGGUUUAUGCGAGAGGCCCUAGGGAAAUACGAUCCUGGAUUUCGGGCCACCUAAAUUUGGUAUGUGCAGCAAUCAAUGACAUCAGUAUCAAAUAUGAGAGUGAUAAACACUAUAAAUUGAGUGUCAUCAGAAAUACCCCACACCUGAACUUUGUUUCUCCCCAAGCAAAUACUACUCAUGAUCGUACAACUCAAUGAAAACCCGACAAUUAUCACUCAACCACAAUCUUAGGUUGUGGAUCAAAAGUAAACUUACAACGUCAAUAAUAGCAUGAGAGACUCCUCUCAAAACAAUAGGGUGAAGUUUUUGAAAAACGUUUUUAUCUUUGAAUGCUUCUACCAUCAACUUGACAUUCCUUUAAGCACUUUUGCCUUCUUAAAAAACAUACUCAUUUUCUUAUCUUGCAAACAUAAUUUUUUCUCCUUUUCUAGACUUCUCUGUGUGGAGAGCUCACUAAAGCAUUAGACCUUUAUUAGUUGAGAAAGAUCUCUAAGCUCCUACACCGCAAUUUGAGCGGAGGAUCAAUUAAAUAAGGGAUUUCGAAAGCUCUAUCCAUUCCCUUAAGAACACAUCCUCAAGUUUUCUAUCAAUUAGACGAGUGGAGAUUUUACUUGUACUAGAGAGGAACUAGCAUCACCUUGUAGGAUUUCCUCACUAAAGCUCAAUUUUUAUCUUGUCCAAAACCCGAAUUAUUGCAAUAAAAAAAUGCAUCACAUGUUGGGCUUACCACACAUAAUUUCUCAGCAUAACAUGCCAAUUUUUCAAAAAAUACAAUGUCUUGAUGGUUAGAUCUUUGCAUCCAUAGAAGAUACAGUUCACCCUAUUGAAAAAACUUUUAAAAGGGAAAAAUACUAUGCAUAAUCAGAAAUCCAUGAAUAGAUCAAACAACAUAUUAUCCAAACAUAUCAAAUGGUCAUUUCGUCCCUUUGACUAUAAACAAAUUACAAUUGAACAUCUAAAAAACAUUUUGAAAUACAUGGAUUUUAAAUACAAGUAUUUAAAACACAUGCAUUUCAAAUACAUUUUAUUUAAGAUACAUGGGUGUGUUUGGAUAGAAUGAUUUGGAUUUAAUAUUUGUGAUUUUGAUUUCUAAAUGUCAAAUCAUUUGUUUGGAUAUAAAUCACAUUUGGUAUUUGAAUUUGUGCCAAAUUCAUGGAGUGAUUUCCAAAUACAUGUCUAGUGUAUUAAUUGUCAACUUCAAAUACAUUUCAACCACUAGUGAUUUGAAAUACCUCCUAACAAAAGAUUGGAUAUAUUUGUAAAAUUUUAAAAGUUUAGUUGCUAUAGUGUGAGGAAAAAGAUAUAAAGGUACCAAAAAUUUCUGGAACUAUUUGUAAAAUUUUAAAAGUUUAGGUACUAAAUUGUAAGAAAAAAUAUAUUUGGGUACCAAACUGUAAUUUACCAAAAUUAUUAGUAAGAGAAUCCACAUUAAAAUAUAAUAUAUAAUUACAGAUGCAUUGCAAGUUAAUUGCAUUGAUGUAGGUGAAUGAAAUUAAUGUGAUGUGGAUUGCAAAAAAAUUGAGUUGGCAAUAAAGAAUACAAAUGCAA